AUGAUACGCCAUAUUUUGCUCGGGCUUGCCGCCUGCUCGAGCUUCACUAAUGCGGCCCCUCUAGUGCACGAGGCCACUGACCUCGCUGCCACCCUCACUCGCCGCGCCGAAGUGGAUAGUUGCCCUGGUUAUACUGCCUCAAAUGUCGUCGAAAAAGAUUCUACUUUGACGGCCGACCUCACUCUUGCUGGCGACGCAUGCAAUGCGUACAGCGACGAUAUUAAGAACCUUAAGUUGCUAGUCGAGUACCAAAAUAAUGAGCGUCUACACAUCAAAAUCUACGAUUCUGACCUCCAGGUUUUCCAAGUCCAAGAACAAGUCUUCCCUCGGCCGAAGCAUGAAAAAGCAUCAACGGACAGCACAGCCCUCCAAUUUGACGUAAAGGAGAAUCCGUUUUCUUUUACAGUCAAGCGCAGGGAUGGUGGUGAAGUUCUUUUUGAUACUGAAACCGUCCCCCUGGUCUUCGAGAAACAGUACGUGCGCCUUCGGACCAAGCUCCCCGACAACCCCAACCUCUACGGUCUCGGUGAGCACAGCGAUUCAUUCCGCUUCCAUACGGAUAAUUACGAGCGUGUGUUUUUGAACGGCGAGUCCAUUAACAUUCCUACCAAUGCCAAUCUUUAUGGCUCCCAUCCGGUGUAUUUUGACCACCGUGGUGGCAAGGGUACUCAUGGCGUUUUCAUGCUCAACUCGAGUCCCAUGCAAGUGGACAUCAAAAAGGCCGACAGCGGUUACCAGUACCUAGAGUAUAAUGCCGUUGGUGGAGUCAUCGAUUUGUACUUCAUGGCUGGCAGUAAGCCCGCAGAGGUUUCCAAGCAAUACGCUGACGUUGCCGGCUAUUCUGCAAUGUACCCAUACUGGACUCUUGGUUUCCACCAAUGCAAGUACGGAUACUGGGAUGUCAACAUGGUCGCCGAGGUCGUUGCCAACUACUCUACUGCAGGCAUUCCUCUUGAAGUCAUGUGGACCGAUAUCGACUACAUGAACCUUCGUGAAGACUUUACCACCGACCCUGAACGUUUCCCGCUCUCAAAGAUGCGUGAAUUGGUAUCAACUCUUCACUCACGUGAUCAGAAGUACGUACUGAUCUUGGAUCCUGGUGUUCAUGCGGUCGGCGACUACGAGCCUUACGAGAAGGGCCACGAAAUGGAGGUUUUCCUCAAGGCUGCUGAUGGUACUGAUUUCCUUGGUGUCCAAUGGCCCGGAGCUGUCGCAUGGCCCGAUUGGUUCGCACCCAACACCCAGGAGUGGUGGACGCAGGAAAUUCUCAAGCAGUUCGAUGCUGAUAGCGGCAUUAACCUUGACGGACUCUGGGUUGACAUGAACGAGGCGUCCAAUUUUUGCCAGGACCCUCAGACUUGCAACCCGCGCCAAAAGGCUAUCGAUGAUGGAAUUCCACCAAAGCCUGCAAAUGCUCCACGACCAAAUACCGGCCGUCCUAUUCCUGGCUUCCCAGCAUCUUUCCAGCCUUCCCCUGGCAACAGUUCAUCCGCUGGUGUCAUUACUCCACGUCAAUCUGCCAACGGCAGCAUGAAGGGUUUCCCAGACCGCAAUUGGUUUGACCCUGCUUACCGCGUCAACAGCCAUCUCGGUAAUGUCUCGCAGCAGACCAUUGCAAUGAACACAACAAACUACGAUGGAACCUGGCAGUACGACACGCACAAUCUGUACGGUAGCAUGAUGGCCUCGGCGACCCGCGAAUCCAUGCUCGUCCGCCGUCCCAAGGUCCGUCCCUUUGUCCUCACCCGCUCCACAUUUUCGGGAAUCGGCCGCAAGGUAGCACAUUGGUUCGGCGACAAUGCCUCCAUCUGGGAGCACUACCGCACCUCUAUCCGCCAGAUGCUGUCCUUUGUCUCCAUGCACCAGAUGCCCAUGGUCGGCUCCGACGUGUGCGGCUUCAACGGCAACGCAGACCAAUACAUGUGCGCACGCUGGGCCAUGUUGGGCGCCUUCCAGCCCUUCUACCGCAACCACGCCGAACUCAGCACCAUCCAGCAAGAAUUCUACCAAUGGCCCAUUGUUGCCAACGCUGCAAAGAAGGCAAUUGAGGCCCGCUACAAGCUCAUGGACUACAUUUACACGGCCCUCUACUACCAAACACAAGACGGCACACCAAUGAUCAACCCGCUCUUCUUCCUCUACCCAGAAGAUGAAAAGACUUUCGGCAUCCAAGAACAAUGGUUCUACGGCGACGCCCUCCUAAUUUCGCCCGUGACAGUCGACUACUCGGAUACAGUCACGUUCUACCUGCCCGAGGACGUCUUCUACGACUACUGGACGUACGGCAAAGUGCAGGGCCAGGGCCAAAACGUCACAGUCAGUAACCUAACCUACAGCGACAUCCCCGUGCAUAUCCGCGGCGGAAGCGUAAUCCCGCACCGCGUCAACAGCGCGAAUACCACAAAGGCGCUGCGCAACGAGGACUUUUUCGUGCUCGUGGCCCCGGAUGCGCAAGGUAAAGCGGCGGGGCGGUUGUACCUUGAUGACGGGGAGAGCAUCGAGCAAGCAGGCACUAGCGAGAUUAACUUUUCGUUUGAUAAUGGCAAGUUCAGUGCUACGGGGUCGUUUGGAUACAAGGCACAGGGCGCGGAGAGCAUCGCAGUUGCGCGGGUGGUGGUGCUGGGGCAGGCGCAGGAGGGCGCGACGGGCGAGUAUGAUGCCAAGAAGCAGACUAUUGAGGUCAAGGGGCCGUGGACCUUGGACACAGAGUUUGGCUUUGAGUUGUGA